CUAAACCUGCUAGUGGAGAAAGUGGAUGUAUUGAUCAUAAUUUGGCUGAGACCUUUGGCUUGGGUCACGGCAGAAGCAAUAAUUCCAGAGGAAUAGCUGUGUCAGUCUGUUGCAGCACAAACAGAUCCUGUGUGAUGUUAAAAACAAACAAGAUUUUAUUCUAUCAUAAGCUUUUAUGGACGUGAGCCCCCUUUAUGCAAUACUAGCAGGCAUCCAGAAAAUUGCAAAGAAAAAAAUUGUGAUUAGUAGAAUCAAAAGACCAUGAAAUGCAGGAAGUACAAGGUAGCUUUUUAGAAGAUGACCAUAGAGGAUCUUCCUGACCUUUCCACAGAAAGAAAUUCAUUAACAAGAAGAUUCCAGUAUUUCAUUCUGGGCUCUGAUCGUUCAGUUACUUAUUCCAUUUCUGCUGCACCAAUGCCUUCCGAAUGCGAGUUCUCCUUUUUUGAUCCCAAUGAUGCAGCAUGCCAAGAAAUUCUUUUCAACCCCAAAACAUCUGUGUCUGAACUAUUUGCUGUCUUAAGGCAGUGGGUCCCUCAAGUUCAACAGAACAUUCAUAUUAUUGGGAAUGAGAUCAUUAAGAGAGGCUGCAAUGUAAAUGACAGAGAUGGAUUGACUGACAUGACUCUUCUGCAUUACACAUGCAAGUCAGGGGCUCAUGGCAUUGGUGAUGUUGAGACUGCUGCCAAAUUUGCCUCGCAGCUUAUUGACUUGGGUGCCGAUGUCACUUUGAGGAGCCGUUGGACAAAUAUGAAUGCUUUGCAUUAUGCUGCUUACUUUGAUGUUCCAGAGCUUAUUAGUAUUAUUUUGAAAAAUGAAAAGCCCAAAGAUGUUGAUGCUACCUGCAGUGACUUUGAUUUUGGAACAGCUUUGCAUAUUGCUGCCUUCAACUGUUGCACAGGAGCUGUAAAAUGUUUGUUGGAACAUGGAGCCAACCCUGCCUUUAGGAAUGACAAAGGGCAGACACCAGGAGAUGUGGUUCCUGAUCCAGUCGACAUGCCUCUGGAAAUGGCCGAUGCAGCAGCAAGUGCUAAAGAGAUCAGGCAGAUGCUUCUAGAUGCAGUGCCUCUCUCAUGUGACAUUUCCAAGGCCAUGCUGCCAAAUUAUGAUAAUGUUGCUGGGAAAACCAUGCUUGGAUCACUUGGUCUAAAGCUGGGAGAUCGAGUUGUCAUUGCUGGACAGAAGAUUGGCACGCUAAAAUUUUGUGGCACAACGGAAUUUGCCAGUGGACAGUGGGCUGGCAUAGAAUUGGAUGAACCUGAAGGAAAAAACAAUGGAAGUGUCGGAAAAGUUCAGUACUUCAAGUGUGCACCAAAGCAUGGUAUUUUCGCACCUCUCUCUAAAAUAAGUAAAGUUUCAGAACGGAAAAAGAAUGCAAGAAUUUCUUCCUCACGACCUUUGCCUGUAAUGAAGUCCAAGAAAAUUGAUAUAAAACACAUUACUUCCAAAGUGAAUUCUGGUUUAUCUACAGUGAAAAAGGAGACUGCCACAGAAUCCACAUUUUUGGACAGUGAAGAAGGAAUGAAAAGUCCAACUGGGAAAGAAGCUUCCUUUGGAUCCAGCAGUUCUUCAUCUUCUACUACCUCUUUGGAUGACAAGCAGAAUGGUCCCAAGAAAUGGAAUUCUACAAGUAAUAGUAGAAAAGAAGACUUUAAAUCCCGUUCUGUUGCAUCUAAAACCAGCACUAGAGGAAAUAGUACUUUUCCAUCCACAAGAAGGAAUCCUUUUGACAAGGGAGAAAUUCAGAUCGGAGACAGAGUGCUGGUAGUAGGGCAAAGGACUGGAAUAGUUAAAUUCUACGGGACAACAAAGUUCGCACCAGGUUUUUGGUGUGGAAUAGAACUGGACAAGCCUCAUGGCAAGAAUGAUGGUUCAGUUGCAGGUGUGCAGUACUUCAGCUGCCUCCCCAGAUAUGGGGUCUUCGCACCACCAUCCAGAGUGCAGAAGUUAACAGGAUCACUGGAUUCUCUGACAGGGCCUUCAUCAAGCAAAAUGAAUAAUUCUUUCCCUGGUCUCCGACGAAGUUUCAGUACAACUUGUGCAUCUUCCCAAAAGGAGAUAAAUAGGAGAAAUUCCUUUGUCAAGUCAAAAAACUCUGCACUGCGGCGCAGUUGGAGCAACACCACAACCGUGAGCGCGGAGGAUCCUGUGAAGCUGCAUGAGGGUUCCCAGAUCCUCCUAACCAGUUCCAGCGAGAUGGGCAUAAUUCGCUACAUUGGUCCUACCGACUUUGCCCCAGGAGUAUGGCUUGGUCUGGAACUACGGAGCGCCAAGGGCAAGAACGAUGGCUCAGUGGGAGACAAGCGGUAUUUCACUUGCAAGCCAAAUUACGGUGUCUUGGUGCGACCCAGCAGAGUAACUUAUCGUGGGAUUAAUGGGGCAAAACUUGUGGAUGACAUCUGCUGAACCAUAAUACUCUGGCCUUGAGAUAAGAGCCUAUGAAAUAAAGCGCACAAGGGAAUUUGGCCAUCACCUGCAUGGCAUUCUCUCCUAUCUAAGGCCCUAAAACUGUACAUCUAUAAUGCAUACAAAGCUGUAGCCCGAUCACAGAUGCAUUAUGACUCUGAGGAAUGAAAUGGUAAUAGCUUUUGCUUUCAGAACGGUCUUUGCCUGAGAGCUCUUUGUAGAAAAGACAUCUUGGGUGUGAGAUGCCAUAUUAUUGGAAUAAUAGACUGUUCCUCUCUGGUUCCAUUCUGACUUGCGUCACAUCUCCAUAAAAGAUCUUUUCAUCUCAUGAUCUAAUGAAGCUGUAACACUUUACAUUCUGCAGCUCAGGAGCUUGUUAAACAAAACAGUAGUGAUUGUCAGCCUGCAAAAUAGUCUUUGCCUUCUCUAGAAAAAAAAUGAAUAGCAAUAAAGAGAGGGGGAAACGUCACUAUGUUUAAGGGAGAAAAGGCUGUGAAAAAUGUGUAGUUUAUUAUUCAGACAGCUUCCCUAAAGCACAAAGUAACCAACUGAAAAGAGUUCGAGAAGAAUACGCUGCUUUACUGCUGCGGACGUGGCAGACUGAAUAAAAAAAGGAAAAAGCUAAUAAAACAGCACAAAUAUUUUCAGGUUUAUGGUAAAAGCACUUUUUUUACAGUAUAUGUAUGUGUGUAAAAACAAAUAGCAGCAUCCUAGAAGCACUUCUGAAAAUAUUGGUGAAGCAAGUAUUAUGCACUUUUAUUUCUUCUGGAGGAUUUCCUCAGAUGUUUUGUAGAGAAAAAUUAUUUCUGAGGCUUCAAACUAUAAUAUUAAAGUGCUUUAUACACAUUAAAAAUUCUCUAGCAGACCUUUCCAGCCAGGGAAUAGAUUGGCCAGUGAGUCACUUUAGCGCUGGUUACAUACGUGUGUGUAUAUACAGAUACCCCUCACAUGUGUUCUCCUAGCACAGGGCUGGGAUGUUGACAGCCAUAGCCGACAUUCUGAUCUUGGGUAAGCAGCCUAGGGCAGUCCAAUCACUGCUGCCUUCUGGAAUAAAAAGCACAGACCACUCCCCCUCCCCCCCCCCUCCCAGCACCACACUGAGCAAUUCCUCAGUGGUUGCCAUUGUCAAUCUCCCCUCUCCUGGCACAGGCAUCCAUGCAUCCAGAAGAACUUGGUGGCUUUGGCCAUAGGGAGCUAUACAUUAGUCCACCCCUUGCCUGUAGAGAGUAGAAAAUUAAGCUGGACCUUGGUACUUUCAGACCCAAUACCAAUAAAUCUUUUGUAUUCUGUACAGUGCAAUAAGCGUUCUAUAUCGCUGUAACCCCAUUUUUAGAACAGUAUUACAUCUAAUUCUUUUAUGCUUUGUUUUUGGUAGAAUUGCUACAUUGUUGCCCAGAGUCAGGAAAGAUCUUGUUCAAUAAGGCGUCUUCUAAGAAGUAGCAUUCGAGGACAUAAUGAUAACUGUGCUGUAACAUGCUUUUCUUAAAUAACUGAUUUAUAAAUUAAUUGUAAUGCAUAUUAAAACAUCAUACAUUUUAUUGCUCAGCAUAUUUUAACUACUAUUGUAUAUUAAUUUUGAAGCUGCAGAAGCAACAAAAGGACUUUCAGCGAGGAAAAAAGGAAUCACUCUAAUUGUGCUUGAAAAUUAAAUGAUAUUGGUCUUCUAUUUUUAGAUUGAAUUCUAGCUGCUUAGAAAAAUGUAUUAUAUUUUAAACAUUGCUAGAACUAUUUUCCUGAGCUGCCCUUAAAUGUGAAAAAUCUGCAAUAUUGCUUUCUGGUUAAUGUAAAAAAACCCACAAAACUUGUAACCUGCAGUUCUAAGCUUAUUUUAAUGCAAGUAAUUUGAAAAUCAUUUAUGUUUAGUUAAGGAUGCAGAUGUAUUUUGAUGCACUGAACCCUGCCAUGCCCAACAUCUGUUUCCUUGGUGUUUAGAUUUCGUUUGUCAUGAACCUUCUGUUGAAAGUUGUUUGACUUCAAUUCUACUCAUUUCUUUCGGAUGACGGUUGAUGUUCUUGAAGGACUACAAACGGGAUGUUCUUUUUUUAUUAUUUUAACAGAUUAUAUAUCUAGGGUAGAGAACUGCAGCUUCAAUAAAGCAAGUGUUUUAAAUACCUU